GUCAAUUGUCUAGAAGAUAACGCAAACUGCCUACAAACGGCCUUGUGAUUUGUCUUUACCCGUUUAUCAAUGGAUAUUCACACCGAAAUCACCUCUUUGGCUCGAUGGUCAACCCGAUCGCCACCAGCUGAUCUGCCACCAAAAUCUCGUCAAUCACUAAUCGGACUCGAGCUUGAGAAUGGCUCCAAGUGUUAUUGUCACUCUUGGCGCGCUGUCCAUUCGGUUGUCUCAAUUUCUGGUGACCGGUCACCUUGGCCAGAUCAAGAAUUCUCUGGUCUCCACCCAUCACCAACUCCCCGAGAGAGGCUCGGCAGUCUCGACUCCCCGCGAACUCCCCGAAAUACAGUCACGGACAAAUGACGGUCCUGAAUUUGGACGCGACUUGAGCCGCGUGAGAGAAAAUUUCUCUUCCAACCUCACACCAACAUUGCGAGACUGUCGACCCACGACAGCAACAUCUACCCACGGAAACGCAACUUCGGGGCACGACAAGAUGACCAGGAUGGACGAAUACCGAAUGUCACUAGGGACGUGGUAUAUUGUCCAGAUUGUUGAUCAGUUGCCCCAUAGCAUACGGUACCUCCAGUAGCUGACCGAUAUUCGUACUGACGAUCACAUCGAUCUGUCAUCUAUCGACGUAAUAAACAUUGUCGCGGCAAAUCGAAAAGACUCGCCUGACCGUCUUUCACCAUCGCCGUGGCUUUCGUCGCAAUUGACU